UUUGAAACGGCGCUGGGAGCGAAAGCAGACGUUUGGAAAGUCAAAAAUGAAAACGGGAAUAAAAUCUGUAAUUAUAAUACGUAAAAAUAAACAUUUACGUUCGAGUAUUUUUAAACGAUAUCCAGAAACAAUGGUUAAUUAAUGACUAUUUAUAAAAACAAAAAAAAUGGCUACAAAACGGAAACCUUCUCCCGCCAAGCAACAACGAUUGACUGUUGUUUUAAGAAUCCGUCCAAUAUUCUCUCACGAAAUAAAUAAUGGAGCCGGACACAUUGCUCAUAAGGUGGACGAGAAGAUGGUUGUUUUAAUGGAUCCUCAUGCCGGCGAUGCCACGGAUAUUCUUCGAGCAAAAAGGAUUCAAGAUAAAAAAUAUCUUUUCGAUUGGGCGUUUGAUGACAAAGUUACGCAGGAAUUAGUAUAUGAGAAAACUACGAGAGAGCUUGUAGAAAGCGUUUUAGAUGGAUAUAACGGUACAGUUUUUGCAUAUGGUGCCACAGGUUCCGGUAAAACUUAUACUAUGGUUGGUACUAGCGAAGAUCCUGGAAUAAUGGUAUUUGCGUUACAGGAUCUGUUUUAUUAUCUUGAAAAUGAUAGAAACAAGAACACUUACGAAGUAGCAAUGUCUUAUUUAGAGAUUUAUAAUGAAAAUAUUAGGGAUUUGUUGGUGCCAAAUUCGGGACAUUUAGAAUUAAGAGAAGAUUCUAAAGGUAAUCAUCAAGUAGUAGGAUUAUCAGAAGUUUUAAUUAAUAAUUCGGAAGAGGUAAUGGAAUAUUUAACAAAAGGGAAUCGACAAAGAACUCAAGAACCAACUGGUGCCAACGAAACAUCGUCUAGAUCCCACGCUUUAUUAGUUGUACAGGUAACGAAAAAAAGUCAAGUGCAUGAUAUGGCUCAAGAAAUCAAAACUGGAAAAUUGUACAUGGUAGAUUUGGCUGGUUCUGAACGAGCAUCACAGACACAAAAUACAGGCAAAAGAUUAGUGGAAGGAGCCCACAUCAAUAAGUCACUUUUAGCUUUAGGAAAUUGCAUUAACGCUUUAGCUGAUCGGUCUGGUCCCAGAUAUGUCAACUUUAGAGAUAGCAAACUUACUCGUCUUCUAAAGGAGCCUUUAUCAGGAAAUUGCAGGACAGUCAUGAUUGCUCAUAUUAGUCCCGCAUCUAUUCAUUACGAAGAGUCUAGAAACACACUUUUGUAUGCGGAUCGAGCUAAAAACAUUAGUAACAAGGUACGAAGUAACGUGAAUGAUGUAACCUAUCACGUAGCGCAAUACAAAACUAUAAUUUCUGAACUUCGCCAAGAAAUUCAAAGGCUACAAACUAAAAUUGAAAAACAAGAGAUUAAAAGGACUCGAGAUACAAAUUCUACAACGAAAGACGAAGUUAAAAAAUUAAGUGACGACGAAAUGAAAAAAUUAAAAGAAGAUUUAGUAUCUAGUUUCACACGUCAAAUGGAAGUAAGGAAACACAUGAUGGAUAUUGAUAACAACUUGCUUGCCUUAGGAGUAGAGUUUGAUAAACUGGGAAUGGUAUUAAAUGAAUGGGAAACAGAAAAAGCCAAAGGAGAAUUAAUUGAAAAUUCGGAAAUUGAAAAUAGUGAUAAUAAAAGAAAUGCAAAUCAACAACCACAAUAUGUCACACAAGCAUGGGAGGAUAUACAAUACGUUCGUCAAGAACAUGACAGAUUUAUUGAGUUAAGAGAAAAGGCAGAAAAAGAAUUUAUGAAUUGCAAAGAAAGAACUUAUAGAUUAACUGAAUCUCUUCCGGAGAAAGCAAAUUGUGAAGAGCAACGAGAACUACUUAUCUUACUGACAAGAGUUCAUAAAUUAGAAAUCGAAAAAAUGGAAAUGCAAGCUGAUCAGUUAUUAAGAGAACACGAACUUCGACAAAAAGAUUUGAUGAUUCUUAGAUACGAUCGGCAAAGACAACUGUGUGAUGAAAUAAUAACUAAACAGAGAGCUUUAAUAGAUGCAAUGUCAGAGGGAAAAUCAAAACAUGUAUCUAAUCAAGUGCAAACGAAUCACGAAUUGAAGGAACUGUAUCGUAUUUAUCAACAAGAACUGCAAGAAUUGAAUAGCGGAAGAGAUUCUGUAGCCAAAAAUCUAGAAAACAAUUUUUUCAAGAAUAAUUAUCUUGGAAGAAGAUCUCUCGGAUCCAGCGAAAGUAUGAUGGAGCUAAGCCAUUUAGAUAACAUUAGCCGAAAGAGUAAUAAUUAUCCACCGUUUACAGAAUACCAAACGGACGAUCGUCUUUUCGCUUUAAGUUCCAGGCCCUUCAGCGAUAACGAUCACCGAUCCGACAGUCACUUGAGUCUGCAAAGUCACUUCAGUUCUGUUCCCGCCUCGCCCACUUCCAAACUUCCGCCGAUAAAUCGUAAAGAAACGUCCAACAUCGCCGUGGUUGCCGCCAAGAGGAAGUCCCAACAAACGGACAAGAACAAACAAGACAUUUCCGGAAUGAAUAGAUACUUUACCUGUAAAAGAUCCACUCGAGAGAAGCCGGUGACUAAAUCUCCCAACUCUGUUUAUAUAAAGAAAAUAUUAAACGUUAAUAAAAAGAAUCGCGGAUUAAACGAAACGUUUCAAAGGAACGGUGUCUUGCCCGCUUUGAGGAAAAACAGUCCGAAACAAGAAGAAGAAGAAGAAGAUCGACGUUCGAAUAUAGAAAUAACGGAGAAAUUAAGAUCGCCGACGAAAACACGACCUAAAACGAUGGAAGAAAGAGUAGGGGUACGAUGAUAACUUUUUACAUGUAAAGAAAGAACGGUUAAUACGUAAAGAGACAUUAUCGUCACGUCGAUUUAAUUGCCAUGUCAUUUAUAUUUAAAAGAUUGUGCCAAAAUGACGACGACAAACGUAAAUUACUGAGAUUACGCGUUAGUCGACGGGCGACUAAAGAAACGAUUGUUGUAAUAUAAGGGUAUUUUUUGUCUUAUUAAUACCGAACGAUAGAUGGCAUUAUUCAAAAAUUUAAGAAAGGAAAAGAUUAUUUAUUUCAGAAAAAAUAAACCUCAAAUUCCAAGAACGAUUGUAUAAAACGAGGCUUCCUUUAGAAUAAAAAGUCCUCCCUUUGGUAAAAAUCCAGGUAUGUUUUUCUU